GGCAUAUUGAGUUGAAUCUUUAAGCUUUUCCGUCAAAGCAGCGGGUAACGGGGUUAGCAUUGCCUGUGGGAGAGCAUGAGCGCUUGGGCGGCACAGAGGUGCGGCUAGAUCGAUGAAACCCUUCAUCGGCUCGAAAGAGGACGCUCAAUUCGUACUCAGGGAGACGGCAUCCACGUUGGAGGAGAUCGGCGACUUGGGCAGAGCGAAGGUGGUUCAAUGACUGGAAUCGACGGGAACCACCGAACAACUCGCUGGUUUCCGUCGCCAAUUCAAUGACUGAAAUCGUCAUCUAGAAGGGAGGUUAUCUGACAAGCUAUGGAGCUUCAAUCGACCGUGUGUUAAGCAACAAAGCAGAGCAAAGCGCGAGGGGGCACAAACUGUGCAAUGAGAUUUCCCUAAAAGCAAGGAACAACGACCAUGGACCGACAACUACACUGUGAGGAGAUGGCUCUGAGAACGCGUGUAGAUUCAGAACUCACGACCCAGGUGCUUAAAGCCUUUUCUUCAAUUAGGCAAAUUGGGUGUUCUACUAGGCAGAAGGCUUGCUCCUUCACUUCAGAAUUCUGGAACAUCAUAAAAUCAAUUCGGUUUAAACAUUCCCUUCCUCUCAGUCAUGUGCGCCCCCUCCCUCUUCUUCUUUUUCCGUUCAAGAAAAUCUGGCACGCAACAAUUUUUGUGAACGGAUCCACCUAUAAAUUAAUAUUUGUCACCUUGUAUUGAACAGGUUUUGGAAUUUUUGGCAUCCCUUUGUAAGCUCUUCAUUCUCUCCUAAUUAAUUAAAUAUUUC